AUGCGCUCGUCCAUUCAGUCGGGUCUGCUGCUCGCAGCCUCCUUAUCAGCCUCGGUAGUCGAGGCGGAACGUGUCGUCGGGGCGUACAUCUUUGCCCGGCAUGGCGAUCGCACGGCCAAGGUGCUCGGCAAUACCCAGCUGACCUAUUUGGGCUACAAUGAGGUGUUUGACGCCGGUUCUUUCUAUCGCAACCGAUAUGUCGUUGAUGGGUCCGACCACCAGAUCGAGGGCAUCAGCCCGGUGAUUGUCAAUCCCGCCCAGAUCAACGCCAGCUCCCCCGCCGACGCGGUCCUGCAGAACUCGGCCGUGGGCUUCCUGCAGGGUGUCUAUCCGCCGGCCGGUAACAGUGCCAAGCAGACGCUGGCCAACUCCACGACGGUCGAAGCCCCGCUCAAUGGCUACCAGCUGGUCCAGAUCACUGCCACCUCAUCCAGCAACAGCAAGGAGGGUGCAACCUGGCUGCAGGGCUCCAGUGACUGCAACAAAGCCUCCAUCAGCAGCAACAACUACUUCGCAUCCACCGCGUAUAACACCCUGCUGCAGUCGACCAAGGAAUUUUACCAGUCGCUGUCGCCUUUCCUCAACUCGACCUUCUCCCCGUCGGAGAUGAGCUUCAAAAAGGCAUACGAGAUCUUCGAUUAUCUGAAUGUGGGCCGAAUUCACAACUCGACCGCAAGUUCGCCCACUAGCGAGACAUAUGAUCAGUUGCUCCAGCUCGCCAACAUCCAACAGUACCAUCUGGCUUACAAUGCCUCUGAUCCCCCUCACUCAGACCAUCACCACGGGGGCAAGUCCAAGCUGACCAUCUCCUUUGGCUCGUACGGGACAUUCCUGUCGUUCUUCGGCCUGGCGCAGCUGCCCGCUGCCUCGGUCGACUUCACCGGGAUCCCCGACUACGCGUCAUCCAUGGCCUUUGAGCUGGUGACCAAUGCCACUGGGACGGGCAUGCCCGCCCAGGACGAAUUGAGUGUGCGGUUUAUGUUCCGCAAUGGAACCCUGACCGGUGCUGCGCAGCCCACUGUCUGGCCUCUGUUCGGUCAAACCCAGGAUCUGCUCUCCUGGUCCGACUUCAAGUCCGGUAUUGAGAAGAUUGCCAUCUCCUCAACCGCUCAAUGGUGCGACCUCUGCGGCAACACGGAUGGGGUGUGUGCGGCAGACUCUGCCAGUACCGCCGGCGCGUCCAACACCACCGGACCCUCGUCCUCGAGCUCCAGUGGCAUGUCCCGUGCCGUCGCUGGAGUGGUGGGUGCUAUGGUGACGCUGGCGGUUGUUUUCGGCCUGGAAGCUCUAUUCUUCCUGGUCGGUGGGUUCCGAAUCACCAAGCGCAACAAGGGCCGCGCGGAGGUUGUCACCGUCAAUGAUGCCGCAUCUGUGGAAAAGUUGUAG